AUGGCGAAUAUGUGGAGGUUCUUUAGGGAAUCUGGACCAAGACCUCCUCAGGAACAUGAGUCUUUCACUAUGGAGAUUCAUCAUGGAGGUUACUUUGAUUCAAUGCCUGAUGGGACAAAGAAAUACAAGAUAGCACGGUUCAACAAAUUGGGUGGAGUAUGCUACUUAGAUGGCUUGGAUGCUGAUGAAUUGGCAUUGGUAGAAUUCAAUAAUAUUGCUUGGGAAUUAGGUUAUAGAGAGAAGCCUAUCUCAUACCAUUACAAGCUUCCAGGAACAUUAAGUUGUGAGGGUUGGGUUCCUAUAAAAAAUGAUGCUGAUGCUGUUGAGAUGACAAAAAUGAUUCCAAGAAAAAAGAGACAAAUUAGCAUUUACAUCACUGGUGGUGGAAAAAGGAAAAAGAAAGAAGCUGAAAUGGAAGAUGACUGCCCAAGGUCAUCUAACUGGUGUAAUCCCUUGAAUGAUGUGGGGCCGAGAGAUGAGGAAACUGUUGUUGAGGCAGCCCAUCUGGUUGGUAACCGAAUUAAUAGAUCGGUUGAUGGUGAUGCAGUGAAGAGGGUAUUCAAUGAUGUGGUUGAAAAAGAUAAUGAUAAUGUUGUUUUGGGUGAUGGAGCAGUAGGUCAAGUUAAAGAUGGCUUAUGUGUCAAGUCAAAUACAAACAAGCAAUGGCAAGGAAGUGUCAAUGAAAUAGGUGAAGGGCAUGAAGGUAACUACACCCCAAGAGUGGGAAACCAAUAUGAUGGUGGUGCAAGUCUAAGAAGCUCUAUGCUCCAGAAAAGGGUUACUAAAAACAUCAAAGCAACCUAUAAAGAAAAGGGAAAAGCAGUGCUCAUUGAAGAACCAAAAGAGCAUAAAUGUACCAAGAAGAGGGGGAGAAAACCUCAAGGUAAAACCUACAAUACCAGAACCAAAGAGCAUAAGUCCUAUGAGAAGGUUGAUGAUUCAAGCUCUGGUGACUCUGAUUUCUAUAUUGAUAGUGACUAUGAGCAGACUAAAGGUGACGAUGAUAUAGAUUUUGAUGAAAAUGUCACAAAUCCAAGCACAAUUGAGGAAUAUGAGGAGACGGGAUUUAUGGGAGUAUGCUCUGAUGAUGAAGACAAUAGUGAUGAGUUUGCUAGUUGGGAUGGAUCUGAAACAGAAGAGGAUGAAGAUGGUAAUCCUCUUCCCAAGAUAUCAUCUAAGAAUCCAAAAACCAAGGCCUGGAAUAGAGCUGUUGAUUUAGGUACUCCAAAUUUCUGUGUCGGACAAGCUUUUGCGAAUUCAGAAGUCUUGAAGGAAGCUGUGAGAGAGUAUUGUAUUGUUUAUCAGAGAGGAUUGUGGUUCCAAAAGAACAGCAAGAUUAAGAUUGAGGUACGAUGUCAGUGGGGGUGUCCUUUUUGGCUUUAUGCUUCAAGAAUCAACAAGGAGGAUCCCACCAUGUACAUUAAGACUCUGAGGCAAGCUCAUAAGUGUCAUGUAAUUCAAAAAAGCCAUCAUCUAAACUGCAACAGGGUUGCUAGAGAAGUUCAAGAAGAUCUCAUGGUUGAUACCGAAUGGUCAAGGACCGGUAUUCAAAACAGAAUUAAGAAGAAGUACAAGCUAGAUGUCUCUGUGAAAACUAUAUAUAGAGGGAAACUGGCAGCCAAAAGAAUGAAUGAAGGCCACUACUUGCAGCAAUACAAUAAGCUUGCAUCGUACAGGAAAGAAUUGCUAAGGAGCAAUCCAGGGUCAACUGUUGAAAUCAAGACACAAAUGGAUGGUGUGGUUAGAAGAUUUCAUAGAAUGUACAUAUGCCUAGCUGCUUGCAAGGAGGGAUGGAUCAAGGGUUGUAGGCCUCUAAUAGGGUUGGAUGGCUGUCAUAUCAAAGGCCAACAUCCAGGGCAGAUACUUUGUGCAGUGGGCAUAGAUGCAAAUAAUGGAAUUUUUCCGAUUGCUUAUUCAGUGGUUGAGGUUGAAAACACUGAAACUUGGAAAUGGUUCUUGGAGUAUCUCAUAUGGGAUUUGAAGAUGGAAAAUCCCAUGUCAUAUACUUUUAUCACGGAUAAACAAAAGGGCCUAGGGAUUGCCAUAGCUGAUUUGAUGCCGGGAGCAGAGCAUAGACAUUGCGUUAGACAUUUGUACAAUAAUUUCAAGUGCAAGCAUCCUGGUGAAGGACUCAAGCAGACUUUAUGGAAUGCAGCAAGGUCCACCACACAUAUAUGGUUCAAUAGAAACAUGGAAGCAAUGGAGAAGCAAUCAGAUGGCGCUAGGAAAUGGUUUGAAGACAAGCCACCAGAAUAGUGGAGUAGGUCACAUUUUAGAACCACUUCUAAAUGUGAUAUCCUCCUAAACAAUUUGUGUGAAUCGUGGAAUGCUUCUCUAGUUAGGCAUAGGGAUAAACCGAUUUUGACCAUGAUGGAAGGGAUGAGGAUGGAUUCCAUGACAAGAAUGGCUAACAGAAGGGUUGCAGGCACAAGAUGGACCAAUAUGGUUGGCCCUCGAAUUGCAAAAAUUAUUGAGAAGAUUGGCAAAAGAACUCAUGAAUAUAGAGCACACAUGUCUGGGGAGUUUUUGUACCAAGUGACUGGAGGCAUGUAUGGGAACAAGCAUGCUGUUGACUUAGGCAUGCACACAUGCACAUGCAGAAGGUGGCAAUUAAGUGGAAUUCCUUGUGUCCAUGCAACAUGUGCUAUAUUUGCAAAGAAACUGGAACCUAGCCUGUUUGUGGACAAUUAUUUGUUACCCUCUACUUAUCUUGAUGCAUAUAAUCCUAUCAUCUACCCUAUUGCUGGAGAUGAUGAUUGGGAGCCAGUGGACUACCCAAUUGCUCCUCCACCAUACAAGAAACAAGCAGGGAGGCCUAAAAUGAAGAGAAUCAAAGAACCUGGAGAGGGAAAAGCACCACCUGCCCCUGAUGCAAGCAAGAUGUCUAGAAACCUUUAUGGAACAAAGAUGACAUGUAUGAUAUGUAAGCAGAAGGGACACAACAAGAGAGGUUGCCCAACCAUUAAGAAUCAAUCUCAACAGGGUGAAGGAAGCUCUAAGGGCAACAAAGCACCAAAGAAGCAGCAGGCAAAGAGAACAACUGCUCCAAAAGGACCUAGGAAUGUCCUAAAACAAAUUAUCACAUCAAGCAGGGCAUGGAAGAAGAGGAAAGAAGCUGGGGAAACCAAGUCAACUAGGAUUGCCCAAGCUUCAUCUUCACAAAGAGAGCAUCGAGCAACAGAGAUUGCCUCUUGUACAUCAUCACAUAAUGUGCAGCAGCCAAGUUCACAAUUUAUGGAGCAUAGUCAAACUUCCUCAGAAUGGGCAAGCGUUUGAAGAUGAUGAAAUUUAUGUGAAUUGAUGUUUUAAUAUUGGCUGACAUUAAGCAAACAUUUUAUGCUUAAUUUUUGGUUUUGUUGUCAGCAUAUUGAAAUGUAUUUUGUUAUGUUUAUUGUGGCAGACAAUUAUGCAUUUCUUAAUUAUGUUUGGAUAUUAUUUGGUAUUUAGU